GAUAAGGAGUCCAAGUUGAGCACCCGCGAGGAAGUGACCCAAAACGGAAACUGAAAAUAGACUGCAGGUUGUAAACGAAUCCAGAAUUGUUUAUAAAUCGUCUGGGAGCUUGGAGGAAAGUGCAGGCCGGGCCGAUUACCCGAGGGGAAGCAGAUUACUUCACUCACAUCGAAAAAUUGCAGCUCUUUCAUGGAACAUCGUGUGCUUCAGUCUGUUUACAAAGUUGGGUGCUCUUCUGGCAUGAUGUAUGUUUCUUGACAGUGCCAUUCAUGAAUUAGGUACUCACUAAUGUGCAUAUUCAAUUAAAAGUUUUGUAUAGUCAAUUUUUCUCUGCUGUGCUUUCAUCAUCUCCAUCCAUCAGUGCUUCGUUAACUGAAAGUGAUAUUUGCAAAUUUGUUGGUCCUCUCGCAGAAUCUUAGGUUGAUCAAAUGUCAAAACAAUGUGCAAACGUUACAGUGACAACGUGUUCUACAAAGAAGGAGAACUGUACUUAGAGGUCUAGCCGUGGUGUUUAGUUAUAGUUGGUAAGGUGCCUGUCGCCCCUUAGGCCAGUCCAACAAACUCUGGUUGCAUCCAGCUUUUUAGAGGCAACAGAAAAUUGAAGCAAGGAGUGAAUGCAAUAGUUACGUGACAGGAUGUUCGAGAAUCAAGUGCCAUUACCAGUGUUAAUCGGAGAAAAGGUUCUUUGGCUUGGUAGCGGAAGUGGAGAGCCAAAAUCAGGGAAAGUUUUGUGGAUAGGAAGGCUGGCAGAAAUUUCUGGCAAUGACUGGACACUAGGAUUGGAGCUGGAUGAAUCAUUACCAUACGGAGGAAUUGAUGGAAAGUGGCGUGGCCGAAAACUAUUUGAUUGCAAGCCAAAGCAUGGUUUAUUAGUUCCUGCAUCAAGUAUCCUCUCAACAAAAGGUCGCCUCCCGUUUCUAGACCCUGUCAGAAAUGAAGCAGAAGAUGAACUCUCGAAAAACCUUAUCAGGUAUCGUGGACAGGAAAGCUUUUGCGGAUCGUUGUAUUCACACGUGAAGCCAAAGCCUGCUGUCAGAAAGAAACACCAACAAUGCAUUAAAAGUGACCGUAACAAUAACACUUGCAAUGAGGCAGUUUUAGGGACCGAUUUUUUAGGAAGUAGCGUUAGUUUAAUGUCGAACAGCAGUCCGUCUGUGCCUGUCAUUCCGCCUCGAAACAAAGAUGUCGUGAAGUUUUGCAAACUGUUUGGCUACUCGGACCCAACAAAUAUCAUCAUUGACGACCGCCACUUUCAGCUCUACAACGAAGCGAAAAACAAUAGUGCAGUUUUAAAUUUCAGCACUGAAAUCGAAGGAAACCAGAAUGGCAUUCGGAUCCGUAAAACAAUGAGCGCCUACUAUGGAAACGAAGAGCCAAAUCUGAGUUCAAGUCAAGAAAGCAAAAAAGUUUCAUCAUUGCAGUCAGUAAAACGGUUAUUUUCAAAGUCCUCUACAUCUCAGACAUCGAUUUCGGCUGCCAGCUCAGCAGCGUCUGAUUGUAGCUCGCAAGAAAAGAGACUCAGCGGUUUGUUUUCGUUCUUUCGAUGGUUCAACAAAGACAAACGAAAGGACAGCCUUUCUUACACAGACUGUGAUAGACUUCCUCCAGAAUCUGCCUUUUUACAGUUCAAACAAACCCCCGUGCACCACACAGGGAGUGUGGACAGUGUAUACAGCACAGCAACUUGUAAUAGUUUUUUUUAUGUUCCUCCUUCGCGGUACAAGUCAAAAUGCUGCAUUCAAAGGCGAAUACCUUAUGACUCCGAGACAGACACAUACCGAAAUCGAGUUAAUCAAUUUGAAAGAUCAAGAGAAACGGAGCAGAAAAUCAGUUUAAGGAAGAAAUACAAGCUACUGGGUAGCGCUUUAACUCUUCAUAGCAGUGUUGACAACGUAUCUCUCUGUGAUCGCGGUAGGAUAGGUAGUAAUCUAGGGCUCUCAAGUUUAAAUUCAACUUUGCAACGAAGAAAACGCCAAGCACCACCACCUCCGCCACCUGUAAUACGUGAAGCAUCUCCCCAGCCUAGUCCCAAAGAACCCCUUCAAUCAGGCAGCAGUCAGUGGAAGAACCAUCGCAGGAGUUCAAGUGAAUCGUCGAAAGAUAAAAGAGCUGGUGCUUACUUCCAUGUUAAAGGAAAGCGGAAAGCACCCCAACCUCCUUCUUUCCUUCAUAGAAAUCAAACAUUGCCCAGAAAUUUAACGAUCGGUAGCACAAGAAAAAAACGCCUCGCUCCACAACCUCCGAAAAGAAAUAGUGCAAUAUUUCCGUCUAGUAGUUUUGAUCUUGAAAAUUUUACGGACCCCAAAAGUUCAACAAACGAUCAAUCUCAUACUGACAUUGUUGAAGAUCCUGAAGAAAAAACUGACGAUAGAACUCAGUUAAACGCCGAUGUUUCCCCGUCCAGUAAAAUAGAAGAUUCUGUUAUUAAGUCAGAAACAGAAGUGGAUUGCUCAAACAUAGAUCUUGAGGAAGGGCAAAUAGAAACAAAUGCUGCUGUAAGAAAAAAAAAUGGAGAAUUGUUGACCAAAGCAGAUAAACAAAAGCUCUUUGAAGACUUCGAGAAAUUAGAAGCGCACAAUAAAAAGCAUUUCACCGGCUCAGAGUUACCUAGUGAGAGAUUGGAAAUGGCUCAGUCAGUGUGUAACGACUCGUUGAAGCUGGAGAAAGGAAUUUUAAAACCAAAUAAGGCUGACUCAGGAGCAGAAAGUAAAAUUGUCGAAGAUCGAGUGGUCCCUCCUCCUUCUCCAGUUUCGCCAAGGCCGUGGUACAAGAGAACAGUUCAGAGCACGAGCAUCUCUCAUAGCAUGAAUAAAUCAAAUCUCCUUGAGAAGUUGAAACAUUUGGAAAAAAAUAAAGUAGAAACAAGCGAAGCGAAUGAUCUUCCAGAAGUAAGUAGUUCAAGAACGAUGAAAAUUGGGAAUGAGUCAGGAAGUCGGCUGGGAUUAUCACCAAAUGUCAGCUCACCGACCAGUGAAAACAAAAGACGAUCUCAAUUGUCGAUUUUAACUAAUAUCAGCGAGUUGGAUCGCGAGGCUGCUGAAAUUGUUCGAAACGAGCGGUUGCGCAACUCGCGCCUCAUAUCUGUGGAAAACGAAAAAUUUUACGACUCUAAACUUGAAUUACCAUCGUAUCAUCCAUCGGAAACGACUAAUUCCUGCAGCGCAAGCUCACAAAAGAAGACGUCUGCACGAGAUUUGAUAUCUUUGUUCAAUGCCAUCAGCAAUGUCACCAAGGUGACCGUCAAUACCGCUUUCUUCACAAAAGACAGCCUGAGUUUGUUUUCAAAAGAUUCUGGUGACAAGAAAUCAAGCUUUUCAAAGUCCAAGAAGACACCAACCAAGAAAACAAGUUAUGUUCCUGAACCCUCCUGUAAUGUUCCUUCAGUUCCUAACCGAGAGGAACACCUGGAUGAUAGCAUUUUUGUCAACUUGCAUGCCCUCGAUGAUAUUGAGCCAAGACUGAAUGAGUCCAAAAAUUUGUGCGAAGAAGUCAUGACAGAAUUUGACAUCCGAAAAUCGCGAACCCAAGAGCUUUUUGAAAUCAACAGACAGCGGCGGCACCAUUCUCCAAGCCCAUCGAUCCCUACUAUCACAGAGAUGUCGGAGUCUAUUUCGGGUUCAACCACUGUUGCAUCAAUGAAGAUUGAGUCUCCAAGUCCACCGGCACAGGUCAAGCCCAUUGAGCAGACACAGACAGCUAUUGAACAGACGCAGGCAGCGGUUGAACAGACGCAAGUAGCAAGCGCUAGCUCCUACAAUGCUGUCUGGUCUUGUCCCCGGUGCACACUCCAAAACCCAAUGUGGAGGAUACUUUGCGAUGCGUGUCAUUUGUUCCGCACGACUAUUUCCGUCAACCCAAUCGAGCCCCCUGUUAUCAAACCCGUUGAUCUGUCAUUAUCGCCUAGAACUCGAGUUGCAUCUUUUGCUAAUACAUCGGACUUGAAGAAUUCAUCUGAAAGUGUUUCGAGUGAACAAGUCUCAAAUACAAGUGAAUCCUCCUCAAAUGUUAGCAAAGACAAAGAAGCACCAAAGGAUGGUGCCGUAAAUUUAAACAAAUCAUCAACAGGUACCGUUAAUAAAGAAGCUCAGUCCUCUUCAGCUGUCGAAGCUCCCAGUAUCAACUUUGCAGAAGCUAAAAUGAAAUUCAGCCGAGCCAGUGAAAGUGAGAGUAAGAAUUUAAUCGAAAGUAAAAAAUUACCACCAAAAAAUAAUCUCAUCAGUGAAAAGUUGGGCAAUGUCUCCUCCGCCUCUGCUGUAGUUGAUGACACCACCAUCAACACCAACACAAGAGAAGAGAAACUCAUCCGAGAUAAAGUUGUGCUGUCAAACAGUGCAGAAUUAGUGGAAGUUAGAAAAGCACGGUUGGCUUUUUUUGACAAGAAAGGGACGGAGAACAACUUGAACAAGAAGAUAGAAGAUGGUCCUGAGAACAGUAAGGCUAAUAAAGAUAUGGACCAUGCAGAAAGAGAGAAAUUGAAGGUGAUGUUGAGGGAAAUGAAGCACUCAUUGACGAAACAAGACAGCACCGAGGAAAAAAAUGGCUCUGAUAAUACUGCUCCAACAGCACCUUCGCUGGCAAAUGACAGAAGGUUUGGAGCCAUCAAAAAAGUGAAAAAAGUAGACCUGGAUAGUAAGAAAUUGAGUUACAAAAAAGUUGAAGACUAUUUAGAUGGAAUCCAGAGUGAAAAAACGGCGGAAGCAUAUUUAGUAACAAGCGAUGUAAUAUUUGAAGAUGUCAAGAUAAAAUCCUCCGACCCGACUACAUCUGCAGACAAAGUUUCAACCUCAGUUCAAACUAGCUCAGUUGUUCGAAAAAUGGACCUACCACCUAAUAUCCUGAACAAGUCUGUUGAAAAUGGCUUGGUGAUUGCUCCAGUCAUCAUUGAAAAGUACAAUAUCAAAGAUGGCAAGGUUAAAUCGUCAGUCAAACGAGAUACCAGGUCCAUUAGUAUGAGUGCAUUCGAGUUAAUCAGAGCUCAAGACUUUGCAGAUCUUAAAUCUAAACCCCCAACCCAUGCCCUUUCUCCUGUCUAUGCCAACAUUCCGUCUGAUGCGAGUGUUUCUGAAUGUUAUUCUCAGAUUUCGGACCUGGUGCCUUCAAAAAGUUCCAAUCUGUCUUCGAGCCAAACGCAGUCCUUCGAUUCUUCAGCUAGCACUAGUACCACCACCAGCAAUAAUGCUUAUCACGCUCCUCCAGAGAAUGUCACAACUUUGGCCAUCAACCGACUUCUGCGACGUUUGGAGACUGCCAUUGCCAAAGGUCAGCAUCACCAAGCUGCAGCUUUGGCCAAAGAACUUGCCAGACUAAAAAUUAGCUGCUCUGUUGUACGUCAAAAGCCACUCAACGCCAAAGCUUCAAAUGACAUCACGGUCAGUCUGUUUGUUGAAGACAAAGUCUCCCACCAAGGACCAUUUUCAUUGACAGUCCAUCCAGGUAUGAAAGUCUCAGACUUAAAAUUAAAAAUUGAAGCGGAUUAUGAAAUUCCUGUUCGAUUUCAGCGAUGGAUUUUGGGCAAAGAACUUGUGACAGACAAUUCUCGCACCCUACAACAGUUAGGGGUUGCUGCUCCCGGCUUUCCGUUCUUCCUUUAUCUUGUGGCUCCUGAGUCAACUAAGCAAGAAGCCUCACAGUCAAGCUUGUCUGAUCCAAAAUUAUUCAAUCACCAACAGAAGUCAACAACAGUUGCGUCUGCACCGCUUUUGAGCCUUUCCAGCAGUGAAACAGAUGACCUCUCUCUGCCUGAAAACACGACGUCUGGCAUCUCUAAUAUUCUGGAAGAAGUUGUGGAGGAGGAUAUCUCUGAAGAGUUGGACAAUGCUGAUGCCAGUUUGAUAGAAAAUGAUCAACAGUUGCCAGAACCUGGACCAAAUGUAAUUCAUGAAGCAGAUGACUUGUCAUUAGUCGACUGGAAAUGUUCAGCUUGUACUGUUUUGAACUCACCAUCAAACUCUUUGUGUGCAGUUUGCAAUAAUCUCAGGCUGGAAGAUAAGCAAAUUUCAUCAAGUCACAUGGAUGAAAAGUCCAAGAAUCAAGAGGCAGCGGUCAAAAUAACGGAAGAGGCUGGUACAAGUGCGGAAGUCAAACUCUCCAACUAUCAUGAGCUUCUGAAUUUGGAUAAAUCAGACCUUAUACCGAAUGUCGACGAAUUUGAGUGCCCUGUUUGCUUUUCCACCUGCAAGUCACGUGAAGGGGUCGUACUUCGAGAAUGUCUCCACACAUUUUGCAAAGGAUGCUUGGCUCAAAUGGUGGAAUUCUGUGAGGAGGCCGAGGUGAAAUGUCCAUUCCAAGAUACGAGUUACUCCUGUGAUUCUGUCAUGCAAGAAAGAGAGAUCAAAGCAUUAGUGACGGCAGAGCAGUACGAAUUGCAUUUAGCAAAGUCCAUCGCCCAAGCUGAAACAAAAAUAGGAAACACGUUCCAUUGUAAAACACCAGAUUGCCGAGGCUGGUGUAUCUUUGAAGAUAACGUCAAUUACUUCCUUUGUCCGGUCUGCAAUCGCAACAAUUGUCUCACAUGCCAGGCAAUUCACAGCGGAAUCAACUGUAAACAGUACCAAGAGCAAAUGCGGGAAGAAUCAGAAACGAAUGUUGACGCCAAACGGACAAGAGACAUGUUGGAGGAGAUGGUUGAGCGAGGAGAAGCAAUGGCAUGUCCAUCGUGCCAAGUCGUCCUCAUGAAGAAAUGGGGCUGCGAUUGGGUUCGCUGCUCUAUGUGCAAGACCGAAAUUUGUUGGGUCCGUCGAUGUGCCAGAUGGGGUCCCAAGGGAAGAGGCGACACCACUGGUGGAUGCCAGUGUGGAGUAAAUGGAAUAAAGUGUCACCCAAAGUGCACCUAUUGUCACUAGUACCCAGAACAUGGGUCUCAAAUUGGACGAACUGCAACCAAGAAUUCUCAAGGUGCUCUCAAGAUGACUUGUUCCAAAAACAGUAAUUUUAUCCAUGGCAACCACUGCAGACGCUCUCACCGAACUGUUCUAGAUUCGGAAUGAACCUUUCGCAUCAGGACAACCAUUGAACAAGUUUCUAAAUGACUGUCAGAGCUGUUCAGCCAGAUUGUUAUGUUGUCAUUUCAACUGGCUCUCAGACUGUAUUAUCUUCUUGUAAAUUUAAUAUAAUUCAGAGUUCGUCUCAUUUUGUGUGAGCUUUUGGAUUGCAUUUCUGAUUUGAAAAAAUUUAAAUCUUCUUGUC